AUGCAGCAGCAACGCCGCAGCUUCACUGUGUGCGGCCUCGUGUUCCACCCGCUCUUUCAGCAGUGCACCGAGGCCGCGGCGUACCUGCAGCAGGAGCACAGCGCGGAGUACUACGUGGAGGUGUUCCGCGAGGUGCCGCGUGACUUCUACGCGCGCCGGCAGCGCAUGGUCGCAGAGCGGCAGCUCGACAGCGACGCGGUGGAGGUGUUUGUGCUGCAGGGCGAUGGCGCCGCAAUGUCGGGUGAGGCCUUCCUGCAGCACGUGCAGGAGCAGACGCACUUCCGCGUGCUGAAGGUUCCCGCUGCGAGCGCGGACUCGUACGAGAACACGGCACUCGCGUCGUGGAAGAAGUUCCUGCAGCAGCGCGGCAACAGCUACUGCUGGAUGGAUGUGACGAUCGGGGAGGUGGCGCGCGGCCGCAUCACGUUUGAGCUGUACGCGCAGGUCGUGCCGCGCACCUGCAACAACUUCUGGCACCUCUGCAAGGGUGACCUUGGCACCGUUGUGCCGGUGCACCAGCGCAGCAGCAUCACCAGCGACGGCCAGCAGCAGCAGCAGCAGGAGGAGGAUGAGAAGGCGGUGGAGCUGUCGUACAGGGGGGCGACGUUCUUCCGCAUUCUCCACGGCGCGUGGGUCAUGGGCGGCGACGUGAGCGCCGGCCACAGCGGCAAGGGUGGCUACUCCUGCUACGGCCGCUACUUCCCCAACGAGUCGCACGCCGUCCCACACGACGCGCCGGGGGUGUUGGGGAUGUGCAACGACGGCGAGGACACCAACGCGUCGUCCUUCUACAUUACAAUGAAGCCCAUGUCGUGGAUGGACGGUCGCUACGUCGCGUUCGGUCGCGUCAUGGACGGUAUGGAAGUCGUGGAGGCCAUCCACGCGGUAGAUGUAAAACACAACCAGAGCCCGCGCGAGACCAUCACUAUCAGCGACUGUGGCGUUAUUGACCUCACGGACUAG